GAAGAAGAAGGAGAGAGUGGCAGGAGAAUUUCAGACUCUUCAGACAAUUUUUCAGGAAAUCAAAGAACACUGCUUUUCUAAACUGAGCAACACCCUAUAUAGGAGAGUAGAAGACACAAAAAACGAAAACACCCCUACGUAAAAGAAAGAGUGUGUGUGUGUUGGUGUGUGUGUGUGUUUAAGGCAGGUAAGUAACAGAACGGAGGUGAAGGAUGGAUGGCUGGUUGAAGGAGGUGGAGCGUCGACCCGUCCUCUCUGUAUUCUGCAGCUCAUUAACGUUCAUGCUGCUCCACACACUGCUGAAGGUUCUGCCCAGACCCCAUGCUGUUAACCGUGACCCAUGGAAGAGCUACAAGUGGAAGAAUCUCUCGGUGUCACUCGUGCACUCACUUCUGACCGGCCCCUGGGCCAUUUUCUGUGUUUUUCAGUAUCCACUGAUUGUGUAUGACCUGCACUCAUCCUUCACUCCUGUCUCAUAUCUGCUUGUUGUCGUCUCAACAGGGUAUUUUAUCCACGAUGCUCGUGACAUCAUCUUCAGUGGGUAUGCACGAGAAUCAUGGGAGUUUCUGCUUCAUCACGUCAUGGUGAUAUGGACUUUCCUGUACGCUGUUCUCACAAGACGCUAUGUGGCCGGCGCUGUGGUGGCUCUGUUUGUCGAAGUGAACAGUGUCUUCCUGCAUUCGCGCCUUAUGCUAAAAAUGGCCGAAGUACAAAAAGACUCGCUCCUGUACAAACUUAACAAGUUUCUCAAUGUCACAACGUACAUCGGUUUUCGUCUGGCAGCGCAGUUUUACCUAACCGGGUACAUCAUUUUUAACUACUCUUGGUUGGACCAUGCUGGGUAUUUUCUGGCAUCUAUGAUGCUUAUGAACAUUAUGAUCCUCAUAUAUUUUUAUCGCUUACUGAGAGCAGAUUUCUUUUCAAAGCAAAGCCAAUCCAACGGCAUCCGCAAAUUUGCCCAGGACUAAACUGCAACAAGUGCAGAUUUAGAAUAUCGGACAUGAGUUGAAGUCAUUAAAAUAAAUUAUAAAUUCUGAAAUUCAUUGCAAAUUGCAACUCACAAACUUCAUAUGUGACUUUUAUCUUCUUUUUUUUAAACACUUGGACUUUUUCCAGGUAUUAGUUUUUUCUAAUCCUGUUGUUCAGGAUGGGGGAAUUCUCAGCUCACACCCGAGUCCACAUGCAGUGUUAUUUACUGCAUAGCACUGAUUUACUCCGUACUAUAAAACAUUUAAAUUCAUGGUGCUGAUUAAAAAAAAAAAGAUUUAUACUAUAUAACCUCACCUCCAAGGUUUACAAUCUAAACACUAAAUUGUUUAGACCUUGAGCAUUUCCCAGGAAUCAUCAGUAAAACAGGUAAUUGCUAACAGCUACUCUGAUGUAAUCCUAAAUACAACCAAAAUAUACCUUAGAUUCAUGGUGAUGUUUCACUUUUACAAAUAAACAUAACUUAAUAAAUGAUAUUGCUCACUGUAUUCUGCAAUCCCUUUAUGCGUUGUUUAAUCUAAUUUGGGAUUUUUAAAGAAAGAAUAAGCAUGAAAUGAAAACAGGCUUUUAGAAAAGUUUGGAACCAUGCUUUUCAAAAUUCAUGAAAACAUUUUGGAAACUGGAAAUAUUUUAAGUAUGUGCACACUCCAGUGUAGUAAUUAGUAUACUGUGCAUUCUGAAAAAUUAAUGUCAUGAAUAAGUUAUUUUCUUCUUACUUAAUUCAAAAAUAAUAAAUCAUGUAUAUUCUAGAUUUAUUACAUGUAAAGUGAAGUAUUUCAAGCCUUUUUAUCAUUUUAAUGAUUAUGGUUUACAGUCAGUUCAAUAUAGGUAUAUUCAUAUUGUUUUAUACAUGAGAUGUUUUUAAUAUUUCCUAAAAUGUCAAAAUAUUUAAAUAUUUUCUAAGAUCAAUCCAAAAAGAAUUUCUGAAAAGAAAUUCUUAAAAAUGAUAUUAAUAAAUGCACUUAAUACUUCUUUUGCAUGAAUUACUUUAUCAAUGCAGCAUGCGAGGGUGGCAAUCAGCCUGUGGCAUUGCUUAGGUGUUACUGAAGUGUUGCUUUGAUCCUUCAGCUUGUCUAUAUUGAUGGGUCAGAUGUUUCCUUUUCACAAUACUGUAGAUUAUCUAAAUAAAAUGUAUACAGCAUGUAAAAUAAAGGAGGAAGUUCAUCAA